AUGCGCAUCGUGCUAUUCAUGAAUCCGGUGUUCCAGUCAACGCAGCACGCAUCGACAACAUUCUCAAGAAUUCUGCAGUGCCCACACGGGUAUCGUCAAGUUCCUACAUUCGGGCGCGAUACAAUUCGCAAGUUCCACACAAAUGCAUCGGAGAUGAAGAAACUCGCUGCUAGGGACUUUGAGCAUCUUCUCCAGUGCGCGAUUCCUGUUUUUGAGGGUCUGUUCCCCGGCGAUCACGACAAGAUCGUCUCCGACCUCCUCUUCGACCUCUCUUCUUGGCAUGCAUACGCCAAAAUGCGACUCCACUUAACGUCCACCCUCCUCGAGUUCGACGAUAUCUGCAUCGAAGCCGGAAACUCGCUACGCAAAUUUGCUGAUAAAACAUGUCAGCAUUUUACGACGUUCGAGCUCCCUCAAGAAGUUGCUGCACGGAAACGACGGGAGGAACGGGCCAGAGAGAAGGCAAUGGCUUUUACUUCCUCGACAUCACUUCCGCCGCCACCGCCACCUAUCUUCCAACCUGCGACUCACCGCCUUGCUGACUACCCGAGCAUCAUUCGCCGAAGUGGUACGACCGAUGCUUAUAACAGUCAACUGGUGAGCUCUCGAUUUCUCACGUACUAUUGA